UAUGAUAUGUACAUACAUACAUAAAAAUGACAAACACGCGAUAUUGAAUACGUGUUUGACUUAAUAUUUCAUAAGUCACUAUUAGAAUAUUUUUAAUUACAUUUAACUAUAACGAUUAGUUACAUUAAUUUUGGAUGGUUUAUUGUUUGGUACUGCACUUCCUAAGAAUAAAAAUAAUUAUCGUCUUAUCAUCUUACCUUAAAAAUCAGCUGCAGUGUUGUUAGCAUAAUAUUGUUGAUGUUUUCGUAAAGUGGACACGGAUACAUUACGAAUGUCAUUUGUGAAAACAAUGAUAUCUUUAUUGAACGAACAAUAACCUAUGCUGCUUAGCUCAGCUGAAGGUGGUUGUGUUGUAUGUUGUAUACAUACAUGGAAUAUCAUUCUCCUUUGAUAAACGCUUAACCUUGUUUCGAUCAUUUAUUUUUUCGUCGAAGAAGGCAGCACCAAUUUUGUUUUUUUCCACAUAUUUAUAAAAAAAACAUAAUAUUUAAACCAUAUGAUACAUUGAAAAUUACCGAUUAGUAUAACUAGCAUUUAUAGUAAUUGUAAAAAUGGACAGCCUUUUUACACAAAACAUCAUGGAUGAACCAGUGGACAUACCACAAACAGAUGAGCCAGUUUGGGUUCUCGGAAAAAAAUACAAUGCUAUAAAAGAACUCGAGGCAAUUCGUAGGGAUAUAAGAUCUAAAUUAUGGUUUACAUAUCGCAAAAAUUUUGUACCAAUUGGUGAAUCCAGUACUACAUUUACAUCCGAUAAAGGAUGGGGUUGCAUGCUAAGAUGCGGACAAAUGGUACUUGGACAAGCUUUAAUUACUUUACACUUAGGUAGAGAUUGGCAAUGGACACCAGAAACUAAGAAUAGCACAUACUUGAAAAUUUUGGAGCGUUUUACAGACAAAAAGACUGCAGCAUACUCAAUUCACCAAAUUGCUGUGACAGGAGCUUCAGAAGGGAAAGAUGUUGGACAAUGGUUUGGUCCUAAUACAGUAGCACAAGUAUUGAAAAAAUUAGUAGUGUAUGAUGAUUGGAGCUCAAUUACAAUACAUGUGGCUCUAGACAAUACAUUAAUAAUUAACGACAUUUUGAGGCAAUGUAAAGUAGAAGGAGGUACUACAGCGGAAGCAGAUGGUAACAUACCAUUAAAAGCACCUAGCCAAUGGAAGCCUUUAUUACUUUUAAUACCUCUUCGCCUUGGAUUAAGCGAGAUUAAUCCCAUCUACAUUAACGGGCUUAAAACUUCAUUCAAAAUCCCACAAUCUCUAGGAGUAAUAGGAGGAAAACCCAAUCUUGCACUAUACUUCAUAGGAUGUGUUGGAAAUGAAGUAAUUUAUUUAGAUCCACACACAACACAAAGAUCAGGUAGCGUUAAUAAAAAAUUGGAGGAGGAAGAAAUUGAAAUGGAUGCUACCUAUCACUGCAAAUCUGCUUGUCGUAUUCCCAUUACGGGUAUAGAUCCUUCUGUAGCAUUGUGCUUCUUUUGUGCGACUGAAAAUGACUUUAGAUCCAUGUGCAAAUCAAUUCAGGAAGAUUUAAUUACUCCUGAAAAACAACCACUGUUAGAAUUGUGCACAGAAAGAUUAACACAGUGGUCCUCAAUUGACGACGCUGCUUCGGAAGCAAUAGCAGCUACGAGUUUUGUAGAUUUUGAACAUUUAGAUCCCCAGUGUGAUACUUCUGAUGAGGACUUUGAAUUACUUGGUUGAUAUUUAAUCACCAAUUAAAAUCGCUACAUAACUUCAGAAAAUAUGUAUAUAAUAGCUUGAAUAGUUCACUGACACGCAUUAAAACGAAACAUACUUAUUCAUUGAAUAUGCAGUCCUGAACCGCACUAGUACUGUUCCAGUAAUGGUGGUAAAAAAUAAAAUAAUUUAUACCAAAUAAUAAAAACAUUGUAUAUAUUAAUUAUAUCGAAAUUUUUUGGACAUGAGUGAUCUACAUAUUGUUAAUAUAAUAUGUAAAUUUUGAUACGAGAAAACGGCUUUGCAUAAAGAAAUAUUUUAUUUUGCCUA